GCCACGGGAAAACGUGCCCCCGGUCACCAGCUACUCACCGCGGGAUCGAUACAGCGGUUUGAUGGUGUUUUGAGCCAACAGAAAAAUGUGAAAUUUGUGAAUUUUCUUCGUCUCCAAUUCCCUUUGUUUGCUCCAUCAGCAUGUCGGGUGACUCAGAAUAUGACUGAGUGGGUGUGCUUUGGAAAAUCGUGGAUCUUACCACAAGAUCACUCUGUUUUCGUAUCUGUCUGAAAAAGUCUGGAUUACCCGUUGACCCGUAUUCGUGUCUGCUGGUACUAGCGUGGUGUAAAUUGCUGAUACGAUGUUUAACGAUGCGAAGCUGGAACGGAAGGUUUCAUUUAACACAAUAUCUAAGCGCUUAUCUGAAGCUUUUAAUUUUUAAGCAGAACUAUCAUUACCUUUGAAGUCUUACAUGAAGAAAAAAUAAAUAAAAAGUUUGUAUAUACUAUAAAAAAUUGUGUGAAAGCAACAUGACGUGCUAAUGAACUCAAAUUCGACCAAGUAGUGAGGCCAGCUUGUAAACUCACAUGUUUUGUUCAUAGUAGAAUUUAUUCACACGUAAAAAUUUGUGCUAAUCGUGAACGACUAAAGUAGAAUGAACUUUCAUGAAUCGGAUCACUAUACAGUUACAAUGUCAAAUCAACUAAAGCAGCACAGUUUCGGACGAGCUCAAUUUGUAGUCUAGGCAAAUCAUUCUCUCGGAUUAAGAAAAUUCUUCCCGGAUACGCUGUGCAAUCGCAAAAGUGCAAUUAAAUUUCCCGAGAGCAAGAAAUAAUUGAGUGGAUCUAACCAAUUUCGUUUGGUGCAUCUGUCUUGGAUAGCUGAUGGUUCUUGUAUGAAAACUAUUUCCCAUACGAUUAUAUCAAGUUCGGCCGAAGGAAGCUUCAACUCUAGAGAGAUGGAAAUAGUGCAAUUAUGCUGAACACGUGCUGCUGAAGAAAUUGAAUUUAUCGCUUAAGGUGGGGGAUCAUAUAUUAUUUUUAUCAGUGAGAGAUAUGUGUGGAAGAAUAUCUGUCAAGAGCUCAGUUCAUGUGAAGAGAAAUUGAAAUCUAUCUGGCGAGAAGUACGUGAUUUUGAGAAUGUGAAGUAGAUAGGCAUCUUAGAACAAAAGUCUCGAAUAAUCAGCUCGAAUACUAGGAAAGUGGCAGUGUUAUUUUAAAUUAUCACGUAGUGUGCCGUUCGGAACUAUCUAAAAUUUAAUUGUCAUCUAGUUAGAUGAUCACUGGCGUUUAAAUGAUUGUUCAGCUUCCAUUGCUAAACAAAAAUAGAUUAACGAGUGGGUAUGAACAAUAUUGAAGGGGACCAACGACGACAGCAACACGAUGCAGCAACAAGAGAAACGACGCGAGCAGCGAUUGAAAAAAUUUUGGCGUACCACUACCAAGCCUCCCACAUCAUCCGAGGAUUCCGGAGGAUGCGAAAGUCCUACAAAACUCGGACGAAAGGCUUUCCAGCAACAUAGUGUCAAAAGUCCUCAUGGUAAUCCGCCCGCUUGUUCUCUGCCCUUGCUGCAGGUAUGGCCCAGCCAGGAUUCUCCUCGAGGAGAAGCUGAUGGACAGAGUUUCGUUUUUCCACUAGCAGCGGACGAUCACCAACAAGAUGAUGAAACUCAACAAACUUCUCUUCACCAUACAAUCGCAUCCAGCAGCAGCAGUAACAGUGAUUUGCGCCGACACUCACUGUUCGUCGAUCAACUGCAAGCGGGAGAUUCGGGAAUCGAUUCGGUCCAAGCAUCUCCAUCCCCCGUGGCAAUGCCUUGCCAUCCCAUGGUAGUAUCGAAUGCUAUCUCACCAAGUGCAUCACCCACCAAUGGAUCACCAACCCAAUCGGUGGAACACAAUCGGCGCCCGUCGACGUCUCUGCUACAUCCUGAUCAUGCACGGAUAUUCGCACUUCGACAGCCGUCGUCACCGGACCAAACAUCUCUAGAAGACAAUACGGAAUUCAAUGGUGCUGCUGGAAUUCAUCCCUGUACAGCAAGCUCCAGCACGACCUCUUCCCUAACGUCAGUUGCUGUUGCAACGCUAGGACAACAUCCACAAAGAUCUUCGGAUCCCUGGCUGCGACCGGAGCGCGACAAAGACAGUCUCGAAGUAGACCAUCAACGUCGUGCCUCGACAAUUACCGCCCGCCUCUCGCUCUUUGACGCAUUAGAUCUUGAAUACGCACUACUCCGCGCGGCGGCGCGCGGCUCCGUAGGACCGUACUCCAUGAGCGAAUCAUUACACAAGCUCACUUUUACACAAUCGCUCGCAUUUCCGGCACUUGCCCGGGGAUUAGCCGCCAAACGACGAACCUCCACGGAGCAAAGCACAACUCGGCCUUUGAACCCGAAUGAGUCUGGGCUCAACACGUUCGCGAAGGUGGUCACCGCUUGUGUUCUAGUGAUGGUUAGCUUUCUGGUAUUUCUAGUAGUAUACAAGUAUGUACGGACGUGAGGUUUACUCCUGGCCCCGACCGAGGCCACGUUACAAACGUCGGCGACCAGUUCGACGAUCGCUUCAUAUCAAUACGUGGCCAACCGAACCCUUGCGUCGGGUGUCAGGAAAUUAUUUAACCUAGAAAACUAGUUCCAAACAAGGAUGGUGAGCAGUGAAUGGGAUACGUCAAAUUAAUUGGUGGUAAAACAUGAGAUCUAUUCUUAUGAUAUAGACUAAAUCAUAGAUAAAAUUUUUCAAAUAUUCGACGAAAGGAAUGAGAAUCAAUUAACUAAAGCUAUAAAAGCCAAAAUAAACCAUUCCAAAUGAAGUCUCUCUUUAUAUGCAAUUAGAUAGGAUUAAUAUUAUAUCUACUACAAAUGAUCGUUGAUUUUUGAGCGGCUCAACUCAAUUUUAUUUAAUAAAAACAAAUAAUAAACUCACGAUGAGAUUUGCGCAGCACAAUCAGCUUUCGGAUUAUUUAGGCAUCAAAUGUUACAGUUUUUUAAUGUUUAAUGGCUUGAAUUCGAGGCUCGAAUCAUACAUUUCAGCUUUAUCAAAUACAGGAAAUAAGAUUUAGAACUAAUAUAUUUCCAUUGUGGGUCACAGAUUACAAUUCCAGUAAACUAUCCGUUAGAACAACCUCCCCUCUGGUUUAGAGUAUAAUAAAGUAUAAGGCGCUGUUCUCGCAAGCGAGUUGUCGGUAGUUCUAACCCCGGUUUGUGUGUCAGUAUAAUCGUAUCGUUAGCCAUGCAAUUGUUCCGUAUAAUGGUGGUUCGCCUGAUCAAUCUAAAACAUUAGCUUUUCUCCAUAUGCGAUUUGCUCCAUAUGCGUUUCAACAUGCAAUAUAUUUUAUGUUGUAAGGUAUAUUUUAGGAUUUUUAAAAAUAAAGAGUGUUGCGAUCCAAAACUAAUCAAACAAGUAAGUAAGUAAAUCGGUCAAACUCAAGUUUUCGUUUUAGAUACUCCCAUAGAAGUUACUCAUUUUACUCCCUCUUGCUUCAGUGAAAGAUCGGGUUUCUUUGGAUUUUGUUUUACUGAUGCUAAUAGCAACGCAUUUCCUACAAAACAAAUCUAGUUGCUUACUGAAAGUUGUUAGCAUACUUUAAGGGCUUUAAUAUACUUUGAAAGACCAAAAAACAGUCAUAAAAUCAUGCACUCAAAACAUUUCGUAACCUGUCUCUAGUAUCCUUCUUAUCUCGAACAGAUUUCAACAUAAAAAUGAUAGGUGAGGUUGAAUUGAACAGGAGAAAUCCAGCUGAUCACAAAUGUAACACGAAAUGUGUUAAUUUAUUCGUGAAUUGACUAUGCCAUGUGUUUUCAAUUUGCUAUUCAUAAUAAAAUAUCACAAUCAGCAAAAAACACAACACGGAAAGAUGAAUACUCAGUAUAUUUCAAUAUCAGUUUCGGCAGUUUUAUGAAAGAUCUUUAUUAUUUCUUUUUUUCUUUUUCAGUGCUGUUUUGAUAUUUUGAAUAUAAUGAGUUACCUACUUCUCAAGUGUGAUAUUUCUAACUUACGUAUUGAAUACAAGCAUGUUUUUAGCAUCUUCAAAUUUCAUAAAGAACAGUAGCCAAGUCAACUGAAAUUUCUAAGGAAAUUAUUCAAAGUAUAAAUCUCACCGGAGGAUGCAUUCGUAAUGAAUACGUAGUGAAGUGUACUUUUGAAAAAAAUUCAACAAAAUAUUAUUAAUAACUAAAGUAUACCGGAUGAUCUCAUAUAGGAGACAGACAAGUAACUCUAUUCUGUGAUCAUAAUUACACAUUGAACAAAAUAAUGGUGAUGCCAGAUCGCUCCAAAUUCUUACGAUUGAUUCUAAUCAUAACACAUUAUUGACAAUCUUAUUGAGUUUUAUAUAAAAUAAAUAGUUCGAAAACACUCACAAUCUAUACGAGAUUCAACGGUUAUAUAAUUAAAUUAUAACAAAUUUACUACAAGUUUUAUCACAGAUACUCUUUUAAAUCGAAAGAAGUAAUAUUUUUCAUUCCACAUAAAGAAUAUAUCUCAUUCAAUAAUUACAAUGAGCUUGACGCCUAUGUUUACUUGUUACAAAAAAUUUGAACAACCAGCAAACGAGAACUCGAUUAUAUGGUAGAACAUUUCCUAGGUAUACAUAGUUUUUUGUAUCUACACCUACACUACACUCAUCACUCAACUGAGCAAACCACACGGGCAAAAUUCCGAUUUCAGAAAUGAGCAAAACGAGUAAUGAUUUGGGAAAAUAAUAUAUUUUCAUGUUAUGAUAAUACACCAUGAUUAAAAUUUCUCGGAUCAUGAUCCAUUCGGACCGAUUUCGAUGAAAUUUAAACGUAACUCACUUGACGUUGUUGGGUAUAACUUCAGGCGUGUUUCUGCUACGAUGGUAAUUUUUGAAACAUAAAUUCAGGCGUCAUGUGUAAUUUUUUUCAACGAUGGUCAUUUUUGCAAUAUAAAUUCAGAGAAAAGCACGACGAACUUCUUUUAAAAUGAAAAUAUUCUGUUUUUGAAAAACGACGACGACGCAAGAGAUAAUGUGUUUACUUGCGUUCAUUACUUCAGUUUUGAUUUUGUGUUUCAGAAUUUAAACAUUUAAACGAACUGCAUGAAAAAACACGAGUGAAUCAAACCUCUUAAAAAGAAACUCUAUGUCGAAUUCUUGCAAAAAAAAAUUGUCUUAUUCAUAAUAUUUAGGUGCAUCAAUACAGCUUGUGUUGUUAUAUCUAUGCAACAAAUUAAUCAAAGUAGUUGAACAAAAUAUUUUUCUGAUUUUCGUUAGAUGGUGUUCCAAAUUCACAAUCGAAUUAAACUCUAGCUCUCGGAAUAUUAUUCUAGGAACAACGAUCACAUCAAAUAUGUAAGAAAGAAUACAUGCGAACAAAAUGUAACAUUGAUGUUUGUCAAAUGAAAAGCGUAACCGUGCUUAGUCUCUUAUGAUGUCAAUUUUCGGUUCAUUAUCUUUAUUUUUCUGUUAUGUUUAAUUCUCUAUCAGCCGGUGGGUAAAACAACACGAUUAUUAAAUAACAUGCUUCAGGAUCAAGUAAACAUUUUCAGUAGGUCUUACUUUUCAAUAUCUGCUUUUUGCUUUACCAUUAAUCUAUUAAUCUAUCACAUCACUUGAGGCAGAGGGUUCAAAGUGAUAUUCGGGUAGAAAAUUAUAGUUAAGAGCUUUGAAAGAAUUGCAUUCUUCAAGUAACGCAUUUUUGAACCAUGAUUAAUUUUCAUGGAAGAAGAGUUAUUGCUCAUGAUUUCAUGAUAAGUUAAAAUGAUUGGUUUCAUGAUUUUCUAAUCAUGAGAGCAGUAACGGAUUUCUUUCCGUGCAAGUUUGUAAAAAUUUCCACAUAGACGAAUUGGUACUCAAAUUUUCUUUAUUUAGAUUCUUGUUCGAUUCAAUGAAUGUAACGACAGUCUAGUAAGACAAGUGUUCCAGAAACUAACAGAAGGAAAAGUGGCGAAAUCAGGAACAACUUGAUCCAAUUUGAAUGAAACUCUGCACACUUCAUAAGUUCGGUUUGCACGCUAUAUCAUUUUUGUGUUUCGAAUCGUUGAAUUUUAAUUUUGAACUUUGAUUCUUUUUUUUCGCUAUUUUUUGUAUAAUUUUGUUAUUAAAAUCAAUGUCAAAUUUGAAUAAAACUUUCUAAAAAUGAAUUUGUAAGCCUUCGCGAAACUUUGUUUUUGGUAAAAAAAAAUGAUUUUUCAAACACGAAUAUUAUUCUCAACACUCAAAGCAAUACAUUUGCUCAUGGUGACGUUUCUUCUAAACGUAAUCGCUCUCGAGAUAUUUGGACAUAACAUUCAAAGAACUCAGGUUUUUGUUUAAUUGUACUGUUUUUAUUCACAUCCUUGUAGAUCUAUAAUAGUGUGAAAUUCUUCUUAUGAUUGAUAACCACUUCAAUGUCAACCAGGCUUUCACUCGUCACUUUAUUGACCAUCUUCCAGUACUCGUCCACACAGCCUACAGGCUUACCCAACCAUACUCGAACUCAUUGUAGCUACUACAUAACUCAGGAUAGCACAAAUUUUACAAAAACGUUUUGCAACACGAAGUUGUAGAAAAUCGAUAGGGCACGGCCAGUUAAAUUCACCGACUAGUUAAUGUUUGUUGUUGUAGAGGUUUUAACCUUAACGUCAUUCGCCUCUUCGGGCCAGAAAAAAAACUGACCCUAUGUGCGGGGUUGGCAAUCGAAUCCAGGCGGGCUGCGUGAAAGGUAUCGAAUUAUACCCGUCCCCAGACUAGCACUCCUAAUACCAAGCUUAAAAAAUUUACGCGGAGCGCCAAGCCUGAAAAACAGUUUGAACGGUAACUUUGAGCACUCAUAACUCAGUUGUUACUUGACCAAUUUCGAUAAAUUUUACACCUUCGACUUUCGAGAAGUUUGUAGAUUAUUUUAAGUAUAUCAUUAUUGACGAUCGUUUAGGAAAAACUAAUGAAAAUCUGAAUUUUUCCCGUUCCAAGUUUUUUUCAAGCACAAAAUAUGCCCUAUCUGCAUUCAUGCGGCACCUGCAUGGCGAAUGGGUUAUUGAGAACUUCAACUUGACCGAAUCAUAACUUUGUUGUUAGUCAACCGAUUUUUGAAAUUGGAAAAGUAUUACUUCCAGAAAUAAAAUGCACUGGAAAAAACGAAAAAUAGGGUUGUCUACCCAAAGUUAUAAAAAAAACUGUAGAUAGAUGGCCUCAGAAAAGGUGAAAUUUUUUACAAUGGUCGUAAAUAUCUCGAAAUUCAAAGCGAUGACCUAUACGUUUUUAUACAUCAUUCGAUUGCUAGUGAUGCCAGCUACAAUUUUCGCCCAACUACACGCAGAGAAAUUGAGCAUGUUUAAAAUAACAAAACAGUUAGUAGAUUUUCAAAUUUGAUUUAUAUUCAUUUCAAGCUGGAAUAUGAUUGUUACAAGCCAAUUUCUCUCUUCAGCAAAAACAAUGAUCUCUGUUUGAUUUGAAUAAAAAUUUUAGUCUAACCAAACCAAAAACAUAUUUGUUCCGGCUGAGUUUAUUGUUGAAAUAAACUGACUAUUUUUUACAUAUCAACCAAAGUUGAGUUAAUGUUAUCGGCAAUGUCCUCGUUGACUCAAUCCUGCUAUACCUUUAUAUCAAGAAAAAACUUGGUUCAAUUUAUCUACGAUGUUAUUUGUGUGAUGAUAUAACUAAGUUUACUGUUUAUAUGAACCAUGUUAGUUACCAUUUCAUAUAAACCAGAAAAAAAAGAACAAUUUUUUCUCGCGCGUAUAAACCAUAGCAUUUUUGUCUCCCGCGGAAAAAGUUUGUACGCGUUUCAUGAGUAAAAUUUGAUCUGCUUCUUUCAUUUUCUGAGGGGUUCCAACAAUUCAAGUGUAUGUAUUGAUAAUUAAGUAUAUUUUAGAAAUUUGCAUAACAUUAUAUAACACAUUUUCUGUACAAAAAAUAUUUGAUACAGGUUCUCUAUUUUGACCGGACUGAUGGAGCACCGAAUCGUUUGGAUACAAUAAAAAAAAACAGGGCUUGACGGCGGUAUGUGAAUUACUCGAUGGUGUAGCAACGGGAAUGACGAAACGAUCAAAUGUCUCAAAAAAUUCCAAAAUUCAAGAUAAUCGUGUUUUAGAAAAUUUUUAACCAAUUUAAAUCGAAAUAAAAAUAGUAUAAAAUAUAACCUUGUAAAUUAGUUUGAAAGAAAUCAUUUUAUUCUUAAAAACAAACAAAAAUGUAUGAUUUCAACAAACAUUAGCGUUAGUUGAAAUAGCUAUAUUUUAGGUCAUAUGAAGCAUAUCGCUAUACAUGCUAGAACCCCAUAUAACAUAUAUACAGUGCCAUAUGCACCAUUCCAUAAUUUCCAAAGAUGCCCUGAUGUCGUGGUGCUCUCGUUCCAACUGAUUUAGUAUUGUAAGUAACUUUAUUAAGAAAAUGUGUUUGCUCGAUUGGCGUCACCCGAUGGAUACGAGCUCCCUUACAAUACCAUCACUUUCACCUACAUACGACAUAAAAUAAUAUAAUAAUAUAAUUUAAUUUGGCAAUGAGCUUGAGCUUGAACCCCUGGUUGCUACUCCGUUACUGAUCGGGAUUAGCUGAAAUUCUACAGAGAAUUACAAGAUAAUCAGACCUGGGACUACAAAUCAUCCUUCAAUGUACAUCUUCUGGUAACCCCAGAGUUGUUUCAUCAGUACCAGCGCCGGCCAUGCCCGAACGUAGAUCGAGUAAGGACUGGAAAGGUAUGUUAGUCCAACACUUGUUGUUACUAGAAGCCGUAUAUACUACUGCGCCCUCCACAAGUGUUACAGGAGAAGGAUAUUUGUUAGUAAAAAUUUCACGUAAUAAAUUGAUUGUACUUCGCCAAGACUGUAACAGAUGAAAAAUGUCAUAGGUCUCAUGACAUUUUUUCUCGUGAAUGUCGCCGUUUGCUCUCAUCGAUACUCUUUUCUGCUCUUUUCAAUCUGAGAAUGGCUAGCCACAAUAAACAGUUGCUCCUUCCAAAUUCAACAACUUUCGAGAGAAAGUCGCCAACUAGGCUCAACUUUGAAAUUCGUUUUAGGUCGAUUCUAAUGAGGUGUAGGGGGACAUGCACAAGAAAGUUUUGCCUCCCAAUGCAGACGGUUUUUUUUUUGUGUAUCCUUACGUGUUUUUACGUGGAAGUAAGCGCUUCAUUGAGAAAAACAAAGUAAAUGCUUUGUUUUUUACAGAAUUUGGAUGUACUUUUUCGAUCAAAGAAUUAAACCCCGUUUAGCAUGAACCAGAAUUGUAGAAGUUAUAGGAGCGCAAAACUUAUUGUAUCUGCUGUAAGAUUUCUUGCCUUUGCGUCAUACUAGAAAGGCAAAAGCUGCGCUCCUGAUACUUCGUGUAUGAAAUUCAAGUAAAUAGUUGUAAUAUUUUUGAAACAUCUGCAUGAACAAGCUUUGUGAUUUAUUUUUUACAAAACUGAAAUUGAGUUGACAGUGACUGUCUUAUGCUUGGCAACAGUAUACAAAAAUGUCAAAUUUUCGCACCCUUGCCUGGCUACAAAAUAAACGAGUUAAUACGAUUUAGGCAAAAUAGUUGAUUCAUUGUAGUGACAUAUUUUAUAAGUUAUACCAAAUCAUUUUAAAUCACCAAACAAUGGUCAACAAAUUUCUCACGCAUCUUGAUUGUUUAUUAUUACUACUUUAUUAUUUUAAUUAUUUAUUUAAAUAAUAAAUGGGUUAUAUUUUCCUAUUUAUUAAAUAUACCGAUAUAUGUUAUCUUUGUUAUUAACAUUGUAAUACUAACAUUGUAAAAUUAUUCUGCGCAAUAGUAGAUUUUUAUCAUUCAAUUUAUAAUCUUGAAAGACAAGCAAUAACAUGUAAGAAGAAAAACCACUAAACAAAACUUUUCUCCGAAGCUGGCCGGGAAUUCAUAAGUUGAAUGAAGAGAAAAUUUUGUAAAAUAGAGUAAUCAGUUGUGAAACAUUGAAAAAAUCUGAUAACUGAAAGGAAAAGAAACUCCUGCAAAUGUCGCCUUUUACGACAUGGAAACAGGAACCCACUGGAUUCUUGGUGAAAUUUUUUUCCGCCGGAUUCCCCACGGCAUCUAGACUGAUACUGUCCGGAGAAAGAUAAUAGGUGCAACACAAUUUAAAUUGGUAAUAAUAAAUGAGCUGGUGAAAAAAAAACCAUUGCUGACGAAUCGCUAUUUGAAAAAAAAAAUAGCGACAAGAAACGCGGACAAAGUGAGCUCACCACCACCACAUAUUUUUAAUUCUCAAUAGAAUAAAAAAAUCUUUUAUUAAAAUUAUCAAUUUGUUCUAUUUUCCAAAUAGACCAUUUUUGGGUUAGCUGCAUGGCAUGUAGUGUCUUCUUGUUGGAACAAGUCUUUUGUAAAUCAUUUAGGGGUUAUUUAGGGAUUAGCCUAUGUUUAGCUUUUGUACAUAUUUCCGCUAACACAAAGUCCCCGACCGCUUUUGAUUACCUCACUAGGUCUGAAGUUUGCACUGUAUAUUUCUUUUGUAUGUCAUGAACAGACUAUUCGGAUCCUAAAAAAAUUAAGUCUCGUUGUUGGACGCAGUAUUGUCACAAUAUUUCACGAUGAAUCAACACAAUUAGCCGAUUAUGUUUAAUAUAAAUCGACACUAGUCCGAAGCGUUCUCGAGGUGUACGUCGAUACUUAGUUUAAACUUUACAGGAUAAAAUUUUGUUUAACCUUAUUAUAGAAUUUCCGCAGAGUAAACUAUAAAAAUAUUAUCAGUAUCUACAUGCGAAUGCAAUAAUGUAAUGAGAACCACGAAAAUGUUACCGCAGAGACGGGACUCGAACUCGUAGCUAAAUCCUAACCGGGGACGUUGUUUAACCAAUUAAACUACCCUUCAUAUUAAAAAAGCAUGGAGAGGUAGUCUAAUCGACGUCAGCUCAAGUGAGGGGGUGGGAAGAGGGAGUUUUAGUUACAAAGUACCAGAUUUUGGUUUACGUGGUUUAUGAACGGUCAAUAACCUGUACCUCGAUUUCGGUUUCUUCAGUACGAUUGAUAACUCGUGCACAUGUGUGUGUGAGAUCGAGGCCGAUGUUUUCAAACCAAAUUAAUUUAAUUGUCUAAUGUAUAUUCUAAACCGUCUGGAUGAUGGUGACUCUAAUUUGUCCGCAACCCUUUUCUCUAUUUGGAAUAUGGCGAAUCGUUAGCAAUAAAAUAGCAAUUAGUUCUAGCACACAUGUUUCUUAGCUUAUUUACUGUUCUAAUGCUUUGUUUAGUGUUUGUAUAAUCUACUAACAAUCCGGGGGAAAUAAAAAUUGUAUAGUCGUCGUGGAUCGGUAUUUUCAUAGUGAAUUACGAACAUUACGUGUGGGUUUUCAAAUAAUAAGACUUGUGGUGAUGCGGAGAAUUUCGUGGUCACGAAUAGCACAGAAAACAAACAUCCAAGCUAGUACAAAAUUUUUCAAAAAAGCUGUGUAAAGCAUAAGCGAUUACUGGGCUGCUCGAAGUGCCUCUAUAGCCGAAUUGCAACUUAGUGAUCACUUUACCAAACAACCGUUACAUUUCAUACACACAUUAAAAUCUUUACUUGGAUGUUUGUUCUGUGGGCUAAUAGCAACAAGUGUUGAACUAACAUUUUCCCCUUCCUACAGUGAACUGCAUUGAUCAUUUCAUGCUUUAAGUCAGUUUUCGUUGCACAUUGAGCAUUAUCUAGGGAAGACCGGGGCUAGUCCGGACACGAGGGUAAACAAGGCAACAUGAAUUUAAUUAAUUUCUGUAGGAUUUUCCCGAGAAAACUAUUAAAAUUGGAUUAAGUUUCUGAUUAGUAUUAUACUGCUAUAAAAAUCUUUUGAGAAGCCGCCAUAAUCAUUAUCAUUGAUAUACAUGAAAAUCUAAUUCAAUUCUACAGUCAUUUAGAAUACAGAAGCGCCAUUCAGUGACAACCGUAACAAUUAUUUUUCAAGAGCAAGAGACACUCUCUUCUCUCUGUUCAGAACAGAAACUAACAGAUUUUGGCAAUAUUUGUGUAGUCCUACGUUAACAAUUCAAGAAACCCACAGGACUAUUUUUUGCAAUUCUUCAUGAUUUAUACGUGAAGGUGCCUAUAUUUUGAGGUCAUCUCUAAUUUCGUAAAGCGGUAGUGCUCAAAUGUUAAAACACCUAAAAAAUCUUUAUACAAAAUUUGGGCUAAAUCGGAAAAAAUUGAAAAUUUUAGACCUUGAAAAAUCACCAUAAAGGCUGGGAGAUUUUUUUAUGCCAAAUGUAUUAGAAUUGUUUGAAACGUCGAUAUCUAGUGUCAUCUUGAAUUUUUUUAAGUAAUACCAAAUAUUUUGAAAAUAACUUUAAACGUCGUUUUUUCUGAAAAAAUUGUUCGAUAUGACACCCCAAGUAAACAAAUGCAUUAUAUAACACAUUUAAAAACUCUUUUUUUUACAUUGUUAAUGUAUAAUUACACAAAUCCUACAUACUUUAAAGCAAUGUGCAUUAAACUUGCAUUCAAAAUGUAACUGAGCAUUAUCUUACAACAACCUUCCGCCGACAUUCGACAUUCAAUGUUAUAUUUUUAAGCAACGAAACUUUGAUAAUAACAGUGCUAGGAAAUUGAAUAGCUGCAUUAAAUCAAUGUUUUGGUAUUGAUAAAAAGUUUAGUAGUUCUAUGAUUUAAAGCUAGUCUAAGUUUACCUUUGUUUACCAACAUGUGUCGGUAGUAUAGAAGUAAAAUGGAUUACCAAGGAAAAUUUACCUUUUACUUACAUCGAAACAUUCGAAAACAACACCGUUAACAUUGUGCAGCGUUAUACAGGGUGAUUUUUUAAGAGCUUGAGAACUUUUUUAAACAAUAAAACGCAUAAAAUUUGCAAAAUCUCAUCGGUUCUUUAUUUUAAACGUUAGAUUGGUACAUGACAUUUACUUUUUGAAGAUAAUUUCAUUUAAAUGUUGACCGCGGCUGCGUCUUAGG